AGAGUAGGAAAAUCAAAGGGAGAACUUGAAUGUCAUUUUAAUGUUCAGGAAUCAAUGACAUUGUAAUUUUUUCAUUUAUUGUGAUCGCUUUACUAUAUUUUUGUUUGUGUCAUUAAUAAAUCAUCAUGUCUGGACACAAGGUUUGUCUUAUUGUUAUCGAUGGUUGGGGCAUUUCAGAUGAAGUUAAGGGAAAUGCUAUCCUAGCUGCUGAUACUCCAAUAAUGGAUGGAUUGGCUAAAAAUGAUGGUCAAUAUCUUACAUUAGAUGCUUCUGGAUUAUCUGUUGGGUUACCGGAUGGUCUAAUGGGUAACUCGGAAGUUGGACACCUGAAUAUCGGUGCUGGUCGAGUUAUGUACCAAGACAUUGUUCGAAUCAACAUGGAUGUUAAAAAUAAAAAAAUUAAGGAUAAUCCUACUUUCGUAGCAGCUUGUGAUCGAGCUAAAACUGUUAGCGGUGGACGUCUACAUUUGCUCGGCUUGAUCAGUGAUGGUGGGGUACACGCUCACAUUGAACAUCUUUUUGCACUUCUCGAGGGGGCAAAAGCGCACAAGGUUGAUAAAGUUUUUAUCCACUUUUUCUCAGACGGACGGGAUACUAGUCCUACCUCUGGAGUCAAUUAUAUCCAACAAGUCUUGGAUAAGAUUAAAGAAUUAAAUUAUGGCUCUCUUACCUCACUUAUGGGUCGAUAUUAUGCUAUGGAUCGAGAUAAGCGUUGGGAACGUAUAAAAAUUGCCUUCGACGGUUUGGUCCAAGGUAUUGGUGACAAAUGUUCUGCUGACAAGAUUAUUGAUUUCGUCAAGCAAAAGUACGAUGAAAAAAUUACUGAUGAGUUUAUCAAGCCGGUCAUUAUAAAUGAAGAAGGUUUGAUAAAAGACAAAGAUACUCUGGUAUUCAUCAAUUAUCGAUCUGAUCGAAUGAGGGAAAUAACUGAAAGCUUUGGUGUCAGGCUUAAUUUUGAGACUGAUAAAUCUCCUCAAGACAUUAAACUGUUCACAAUGACUAAAUACAAGGAUGAAUUUCCAUUUGAUGUACUUUAUCCUCCGGUUGUCCCUAAAAAUGUCCUCUCUGAAGUCGUAGCCAGUGCUGGUUAUAAACAAUUUCAUUGUGCUGAAACAGAGAAAUACGCACACGUUACUUUCUUUUUCAAUGGAGGACAAGAGAAAGCUUUCGAUAAAGAAGAGCGAUGUAUGGUUCCAUCUCCAAAAGUUGCCACUUACGAUCUUCAGCCUACAAUGAAUGCUGCUGGAGUGGGAGAGAAAAUGGUUGAAGCCAUUGCUAGUGGUGAGUAUAACUUUGUCAUGUGUAACUUUGCACCACCUGAUAUGGUUGGCCAUACCGGCAAAUACGAACCAGCGGUAAUUGCAUGUACUACUACGGAUAAGGCUAUUGGUGCAAUCAAAGAAGCCUGUGAAAAGCAUGGAUACAUUUUAUUAAUUACUGCUGAUCAUGGUAAUGCAGAGAGAAUGAUUGAUGAAAAAGGUGGACCAGUAACUUCACAUACCACUUAUCGAGUACCAUUUUGUAUGACUGGACCUUACAAAUUCAAGAAGAUAACACACAAUGCCGCUUUAUGUGAUGUUGCUCCUACCGUUUUAGCGCUCAUGGACGUCCCUAUACCAUCCGAUAUGACUGGUCAAUCUUUAGUUGAAAAAUAAUUAGCAGAUUAGAAAUGUAUCAAUUAGUCAAUAUUUAUUGUUUGAAGUGAUCAGCAAUUUGAGUUUGAAUGUUAUUUUUUUCUCAAAUCCUCAUUAUUUUUAGUCUAUUCAAUUAUAAUUAACUUAAUAUUUUGCUUUUAAAUAAACAGAGUUGAAAUUUAAUA